AUGGGGGAGAAACCCUGUUCAGAUUUCCAACUUCCUCCUGGUUUCAGGUUCCAUCCCUCCGACGAAGAGCUCAUUGUUCAUUACUUGCAAAACAAAGUGAAUUCACGUCCAAUUCCAGCCUUUGUAAUAGCUGAAGUUGAUCUCUAUAAGUAUAAUCCAUGGGAGCUACCCUGCAAAGCUUUGCUUGGAGAAGAUGAGUGGUACUUCUUUACUCCAAGGGAUCGGAAGUACCCGAACGGAGAGAGGCCGAACAGAGCUGCAGCUUCGGGUUACUGGAAGGCCACCGGAAGUGACAAGCCGAUUCUAACCUCUAGUGGAUCAAGGCACAUAGGAGUCAAGAAGGGUCUAGCCUUUUACACUGGUCCUUCAAAAAGAGUUAAGACAGACUGGAUCAUGACUGAAUAUAGACUGCCCGACCUGAGUAAACCUUCAAGGUCGAAAGGGUCAAUGCGAUUGGAUGACUGGGUACUAUGCCGGGUUAGACACAGAGGCAACAUGUCAAAGGACGCAGGUGAGGAUCAAGACAGUUGUAGCUUGGAACUGCAGGAGUGCUUACCAAAGAUUGAGCAGGUGCAGCCAACACCCACAAAAUAUGAUGCGGAAAUGAUCACGGAUUACCUAAACAAAGACUGCGGAGUGUUGGCUUGGAUACUUGAUGGUCAAGCUCUGCCAACCAUUCAGACCAUUUCAAGUGUAAGCUCUGAAGGGAACAGCAAAAUCAAUCAUUUUAUCCCCGUCCAUGGAAGUGGAACCAAUAAGGCGAAUUCGACAACAACAGUUUCUUCUAUGGACAGCUAUAUCAACCACCGGAAAAGGAAAUCUAGCGAGGAAAAUGAGUAUGAGUAUUUUAGAUCCAACGAAAAGCUAAAGGGCGAGAAUGAAAAGAAGAAUCCUCAACCUGGCAAAACACUGGCCAACUAUGAUAUUAACUUCUACAGCCAAAACCAGUAUCAAUAUGGCAUCUUCAACCCUGAGCCCUCAGAAUCUAUCAUCAAUUUUCAGGGCCUUAUUGAAUCACCUUUCAUGGGUAAGUAAUAAUUAGGAAACAACACCCCCCAAAGGGCAAAAGGUUCCCAAUCAACUGAAGAGGCAGGGAGACAGGAGCACAAAGGUCACGCGUUGUAAAAGAAUAAGAUGUAGAUAAAGCGUGCGAGGCAAAUUAGUCUCCAGGGGCAAGGACCAAUGAAAACAACAUAACUAGAAAUUAAGAAUGCAUACUUUGUAUUUAAUUCUGAGCUAUAUUCUGCAUGGACUCUAUGUUAAGUAUCUGUAGAUUUGUGAGUUACCUACAAUGCAGCAGGGGUACUAUUAAUAAUUUCAUGGCUAGACAUAAAAUCUAUCAAAAAACAAAAAACAA